UUCUUUUUGGUUCUCGCACGACUUUUGGACGAGGUGAGGGGAUAUAAACGUUCCCUCUCUCCCAAGUUACAAGUGUCCGUUAUAUGUUCUGAUAUUGCGGCUUUAGAACGGUCUCCAUCAGUCAACUGGUCAAAGUUUCAAACAAAAAAGCAUUGAGCUAUAUGGACGACACUUUGUCGUUUUUACGGCGACAGAGAAGGAAAUAUUGUGACGCCAUUGAAACAACUCCAGUUGAAGAAACCCCUUCCUCAGAAUAUCUGAACAAAAAAAGGCCUAUAAACGCUCUAGAGCCUGGAAACGAACUUGAUACAGAGCUAGACGAAUUUGUUCAACGUUUCAAAAGUAAAAAAACAGAUAGAAUUAAUUGGAAGAAAUGCUUUGAACAAGGCCAGUUAGAAAAAAUAAGCUCAAUCAAGCAAUUCAACAGCAGUGAGAGUUUACGCUGCCAUUGCAUUGGAAAUUUCAAAUAAACUGUUUUAUUAUAAGCUAUCAUUA